AAAUAACCAUUAAACUGAAAUUGGCUGUUCGUUUAUAUUUGGCUGAUGAAGCUAUUUAUAUAAUAACGAUCUAUUAGGGAGCUCUGUCACUCCUAGUAACGCUUUUAUUUCGAAAAAACCAUACCGGAAGCGGUGACGUUAUCCAGGCUGCAAACUAAGCGCGAGGGAAAUUCAGUUGGACGAAAGAUAGUGUAGCAGAAAAGUAUUUAAAUUGUGUCAUUUUUAUUUUGUAGCGCGUUAAAAUAUAAGUUUGUGGAAAUAUAAAUCGAAUGACGCUUUUGUCUGCGCUAAGAAAUUGUUAAUAUUAGCAUACAGUUAGGCGCGUGUUAUUGUUUUGUUCUGCGAUUCACGGUGCGGAGGCUAACGCUAGCCGACUAGUGCUGUGUUGUUUACAUGACGAAAAGUUUAAGGAUAGAAGGGUUCCACAUUUUAACACAAGCAGAAUUAAAGGGCAAACUUGUUUAUCAAUUUACUAACAAGUAAAAGAGACUAGAGAAAGUAUUGUAGUGCGGUUCACAGCCGUCGAGGAUGUCAGUUGGUCGAAGAAGUCAUGACGGAACCACCAACGUUACAGGCAGCGACACUGACGACGAAACCAAGCUUCCUCUCACUCAGUUUUAUCCUUACAUCCGCUGUACUGUUUGCUGCGGCUUCUUCAUCGAUGCCACCACGAUCACAGAGUGCCUGCACACAUGUGAGCACAAAACUACGGAGGGAGGUUUGCAAAAGCUGCAUCGUGAAGCACUUCUUCUCCAGCAACAGAUGUCCAACAUGCAGCAUCGUUGUGCACGAGACGCAGCCUCUUUACAACAUCAGGCCAGACAGACAGCUUCAGGACAUUGUAUAUAAAAUGGUUCCUUUCCUGGAAGAACUUGAAAGAGAAAAAAUGUGUAAUUUCUACAAAGAGAGGGGGCUCGCCAUGCCAAAACCAGUGUCUGUUUCACCUCAAGGUCCCAUUGUGCUGAAGAAAAGGAAAGAUAACUUUCACAGAGCCGUGUUCACCAUCCCCCCUGAGCUGAAUAUUUAUCUGCUCCUGGAGUUUGUUGGGGCUGAAAAUGGGAUCUCUGACUUUAAGCCUCUAGAAAGGCCGUACAUCUGCGUGUCGGGCGAAGCCACCAUCCGACACGUGGAGCUGUUCAUCCGGAGGAAGAUGGAGCUCAGCCCCAAGUGUCAGGUGGAUCUGGUUUGUGGAGAUCACCUCCUAGAUCAUCACCAGUCACUGAAAGACAUUAAGAAGUUUGUGGGUAAUGAAGCACUACAGGACGGUCUGCUGGUGCUUCACUUCGGUUUGGUCCUCCCCUGCCAGACUUGAGCAGGAAACUUGACCCGAGUCUUCACAGUUUCACCGGAUCAACGGCUCAGAUUCACCUCUUUUCUAAAUCCACUGAGGACGAUUAACAACCUGCAGCGACAAGCUUGAGUAUUUUUCCUUUUUUCUUGGACUUUGGUUGAAUCUUGGAGACGAUGUUCCAACAGAUCGGACCUCCAAACCGGUUCUGGAUCAAAUGAAGCAGUCAAGUCGAACGCACGCAUCCAUCUGUGCCUUUACCAAUAUUUAAUCAAUAUUUGAGAAGGCUCUGUAUAUUUUUGAAGCUGUAUGUUUGAUUGUGACUUGAUGUGAAUAAGAGAAAACCUUUUUAUGUUUGCGUUUAUGUUGAUGAUGAGUGGAAGUAAACUUCUGUCUGACCCUGAAAUGUUAAGGAAAGCCUUUAAAAAUGUGGAAAACACCUGAUAACUGAGAUAAUUUGCUCAGUAAAUGAAACAAGACUAACUUUUCUGUUGCCAGUUUCUCUCUUGGAGGCUUUUAGUCAACCAAGUUUAAUUGCUGCUGUUGAUAAAACGAGAAGAGAAGCAACAUCUGUCUAGUUUAUUCAUUUUCUCUGUGUUGGUGGUUUUUGGGUCAAUGUGUGAUCUACUUUUUAUUUAUUGACUGACUGCUUUGAUAAUAAAACAGUUUGCUUCAAAC